UGAGGCCCUGACGCUUACUCCUUACUGCCCCCCCCCCCCCAGGACCCUGCUGGAAUCUUUGAACUGGUGGAGGUGGUCGGCAAUGGAACUUACGGGCAGGUGUACAAGGGUCGGCAUGUCAAGACUGGGCAGCUGGCUGCCAUCAAGGUCAUGGACGUCACGGAGGACGAGGAGGAGGAGAUCAAGCAGGAGAUCAACAUGCUGAAGAAGUACUCCCACCACCGCAACAUCGCCACCUACUACGGGGCCUUCAUAAAGAAGAGCCCCCCCGGGAACGACGACCAGCUCUGGCUGGUGAUGGAGUUCUGCGGCGCCGGCUCGGUGACAGACCUGGUGAAGAACACGAAAGGGAACGCCCUGAAGGAGGACUGCAUCGCCUACAUCUGCCGGGAGAUCCUCCGGGGCCUGGCCCACCUCCAUGCCCACAAGGUGAUCCAUCGGGACAUCAAGGGGCAGAAUGUGCUGCUGACGGAGAACGCCGAGGUCAAGCUGGUGGAUUUUGGGGUGAGUGCUCAGCUGGAUCGGACUGUGGGCAGGCGGAACACUUUCAUUGGCACCCCCUACUGGAUGGCCCCGGAGGUCAUCGCCUGUGACGAGAACCCUGACGCCACCUACGAUUACAGGAGUGACAUCUGGUCUCUUGGAAUCACAGCCAUCGAGAUGGCAGAGGGAGCCCCCCCUCUGUGUGACAUGCACCCCAUGCGAGCCCUCUUCCUCAUUCCACGGAACCCACCCCCCAGACUCAAGUCCAAGAAAUGGUCUAAGAAGUUCAUCGACUUCAUCGACACGUGUCUCAUCAAGACCUACCUGAGCCGCCCGCCCACGGAGCAGCUGCUCAAGUUCCCCUUUAUCCGGGACCAGCCCACAGAGCGCCAGGUCCGCAUCCAGCUCAAGGACCACAUCGACCGCUCCCGCAAGAAGCGAGGCGAGAAGGAGGAGACGGAGUACGAGUACAGUGGCAGCGAGGAGGAAGACGACAGUCAUGGAGAGGAGGGGGAGCCGAGCUCCAUCAUGAACGUGCCUGGGGAGUCCACCCUACGCCGCGAGUUCCUCCGGCUGCAGCAGGAGAAUAAGAGCAGCUCGGAGGCUCUGAAGCAGCAGCAGCAGCAGCAGCAGCAGCAGCAGCGCGACCCCGAGGCGCACAUCAAGCACCUCCUGCACCAGCGCCAGCGGCGCAUCGAGGAGCAGAAAGAGGAGCGGCGGCGCGUGGAGGAGCAACAGCGGCGGGAGCGAGAGCAGCGGAAGCUGCAGGAGAAGGAGCAGCAGCGGCUGGAGGACAUGCAGGCGCUGCGGCGGGAGGAGGAGCGGCGGCAGGCGGAGCGCGAGCAGGAGUAUAUUCGUCACAGGCUAGAGGAGGAGCAGCGACAGCUCGAGAUCCUUCAGCAACAGCUGCUCCAGGAACAGGCCCUGCUGCUGGAGUACAAGCGGAAGCAGCUGGAGGAGCAGCGGCAGUCGGAGCGCCUGCAGAGGCAGCUGCAGCAGGAGCACGCCUACCUCAAGUCCCUGCAGCAGCAGCAGCAGCAGCAGCAGCAGCUGCAGAAGCAGCAGCAGCAGGCGCCGCCCGCCGACCGGAAGCCCCUGUAUCACUAUGGUCGCGGCAUCAGUGCCGCCGACAAGCCCGCCUGGGCCCGUGAGGUGGAAGAGAGAACGAGGUUGAACAAGCAGCAGAACUCUCCCCUGGCCAAGACCAAGCCAGGCGGCACAGGGCCCGAGCCCCCCGCCCCGCAGGCCUCCCCUGGGCCCCCGGGCCCCCUUUCCCAAACUCCUCCUAUGCAGAGGCCGGUGGAGCCCCAGGAGGGACCGCACAAGAGCCUGGUGGCACACCGGGUCCCACUGAAGCCAUAUGCAGCGCCCGUACCCCGAUCCCAGUCCCUGCAGGACCAGCCCACCCGAAACCUGGCUGCCUUCCCGGCCUCGCACGAGCCCGACCCUGCUGUCCCCACACCCACUGCCGCCCCCAGCGCCCGAGGAGCGGUCAUCCGCCAGAACUCAGAUCCCACCUCCGAAGGGCCUGGCCCCGGCCCGAACCCCCCAUCCUGGGUCCGGCCGGACACUGAGACCCCACCCAAGGUGCCUCAGAGGACGUCGUCCAUCGCCACUGCCCUUAACACCAGUGGGGCCGGAGGGGCCCGGCCGGCCCAGGCCGUCCGUGCCAGACCUCGCAGCAACUCCGCCUGGCAAAUCUAUCUGCAAAGGCGGGCCGAGCGGGGCUCCCCCAAGCCUCCAGGGCCCCCCGCUCAGCCCCCUGGCCCGCCCAACGCCUGUAGUAACCCCGAUCUGCGGAGGAGUGACCCUGGCUGGGAGCGUGCAGAAGGCGCCCUCCCCUCGCACGGGCACCUGCCCCAGGCUGGCUCGCUGGAGCGGAACCGCGUGGGAGCCUCUUCCAAACUGGAUAGCUCCCCAGUGCUCUCUCCUGGGAACAAGGCCAAGCCUGACGACCACCGCUCACGGCCAGGCCGGCCCGCAAGCUAUAAGCGCGCCAUCGGCGAGGAUUUCGUGCUGCUGAAAGAGCGGGCCCUGGACGAGGCCCCGCGGCCCCCCAAGAAGGCCAUGGACUACUCGUCGUCCAGCGAGGAGGUGGACAGCAGUGAGGACGAGGAGGAGAGCAACGGCGAGCCGUCCGAGGGGGGCAGGGACGCCCCCGGGGCCCGCGACGGAGACACCGACAGCGUCAGCACCAUGGUGGUCCACGACGUGGAGGAGGUCGCGGGGACUCAGACCCCCUAUGGGGGCGGCACCAUGGUGGUCCAGCGCACUCCUGAAGAGGAGCGAGGCCUGCUGCACGCGGACAGCAACGGCUACACCAACCUGCCCGACGUGGUCCAGCCCAGCCACUCGCCCACCGAGAGCAGCAAAAGUCAAAGCCCCCCGUCCAAAGACGGAGGCAGCGACUACCAGUCUCGUGGGCUGGUCAAGGCACCCGGCAAGAGCUCGUUCACGAUGUUUGUGGACCUAGGGAUCUACCAGCCGGGAGGCAGUGGGGAUGCCAUCCCCAUCACAGCCCUGGUGGGGGGAGAGGGCGGUCGGCUCGAUCAGCUCCAGUACGAUGUGCGGAAAGGCUCUGUGGUCAACGUGAACCCCACCAACACCCGGGCCCACAGCGAGACCCCCGAGAUCCGGAAAUACAAGAAGCGGUUCAAUUCCGAGAUCCUCUGCGCGGCCCUCUGGGGCGUCAACCUGCUGGUGGGCACCGAGAACGGCCUGAUGCUGCUGGACCGGAGCGGGCAGGGCAAGGUCUACGGGCUCAUCGGGCGGCGGCGCUUCCAGCAGAUGGACGUGCUGGAGGGGCUUAACCUGCUCAUCACCAUCUCAGGGAAAAGGAACAAGCUGCGGGUGUACUACCUGUCUUGGCUCCGGAACAAGAUUCUGCACAACGACCCGGAAGUGGAGAAGAAGCAGGGCUGGACCACCGUGGGCGACAUGGAGGGCUGCGGCCACUACCGCGUGGUGAAAUACGAGCGCAUUAAGUUCCUGGUCAUCGCCCUGAAGAGCUCGGUGGAGGUGUACGCCUGGGCCCCCAAGCCCUACCACAAGUUCAUGGCCUUCAAGUCCUUCGCGGACCUCCCUCACCGCCCUCUGCUGGUCGACCUGACGGUGGAGGAGGGUCAGCGGCUCAAGGUCAUCUACGGCUCCAGUGCCGGGUUCCACGCCGUGGAUGUCGACUCGGGGAACAGCUACGACAUCUACAUCCCUGUGCAUAUCCAGAGCCAGAUCACGCCGCAUGCCAUCAUCUUCCUCCCGCACACGGACGGCACGGAGAUGCUCCUGUGCUACGAGGACGAGGGCGUGUACGUGAACACGUACGGCCGCAUCGUCAAGGACGUGGUGCUGCAGUGGGGAGAGAUGCCCACCUCUGUGGCCUACAUCUGCUCCAACCAGAUCAUGGGCUGGGGCGAGAAAGCCAUUGAGAUCCGCUCCGUGGAGACGGGCCACCUGGACGGCGUCUUCAUGCACAAACGAGCCCAGAGGCUCAAGUUCCUGUGCGAGCGGAAUGACAAGGUGUUCUUCGCCUCCGUCCGCUCGGGGGGCAGCAGCCAGGUUUACUUCAUGACCCUGAACCGGAACUGCAUCAUGAACUGGUGACGGCCCCGUUCCCCCCACAGCCAGACUCCCCAGGCCGCCCUUCUUCCCCUCCCUGGGCUUUUGCUUUUUACUGGUUUGAUUCACUGGAGCCUGCUGGGAACGUGACCUCUGACCCCUGAUGCUUUUGUGAUCAGUGACCAUCCUCUUCCCCAAUAGGUUCUCCUACCCCCCCAAACCUGUGCCUGUCCCCGCUUCUGGGGAGAGGCCCAGCUUCCCCUCACCAGAAAUUGAGUGGGCCCAGCCCCGCCCCCCUUUUCUCCACUUCAGAGGAGAGUGCUGGGGAGCCCGUCCCCCACUGCUGCUGACCGGGCAGGGCCCUGGGUCCCUUCAUUUGCACGUCAGGGGAGCCGGCUCCCCCCUUGAAUGUACCAGACCCUGGGGGGGGUCGCUGGGCCCUAGGUUUUGGGGGGGUCACCAGCCACUCCAGGGGCAGGGACCAUUUCCUCAUUUUCUGAAAGCACUUUAAUGAUUCCCCUCACCCCAAAACCCAGGGAAUGGAGGGGGGACCCCGCCAGCCAAAACAUUACCCCCUUUCCAACCCCAUUUUUUUCGAGCCCCUGUCCUCCCCUUGUGGCGGGAGGGGGCAGGGAGCGCUCACCCCCUUUGCACCCCCUUGCUUGCCUCUGUAUAUAGUGUGAGCAGCAAGUAGCCCUGGCCCUCCCCGCCCCACCCCUCCUCAAUGUAGUGGCCUUGGAUAUUCCGUUUGUUAAUAAAGACAAUUCAACCAGCU